AUGAUGGCCAAGGCCAGAUCGUUGCUCGUGCUCUUGUGCUCCCUCCAUGCGAUGUGCGAUGAGACUCAUCAGAGGUCCAUGUAUACCAACGUCGUAGACUUCGUUUGCUCCCCAGGAAACGCUACCAGCCUGUGGGGCGCCAAGACCGACAGGGCAGCCUGGUUCGGGAGGAGCGACAUGGCGGUGGCGGUCAAGGACAACCACGUUUGGGUCAUGGGCGGACAGAGAGGAGCGUCAGGAGCUUUCGAGCUCAUGAACGACGUUUGGAAGAGUGCGGACGGCGCAGCCUGGACGUCAGUGACGGGCAAAGCGCCAUGGGCGGCUAGAAGAAAGUUUGGAGGUCUGACGUUCAACUCCAAGCUCUGGGCGAUGGGAGGAACGCUGUCAGCGGUGGAGUCCAACGAGCGGCACACGUCCAACGCUGUCUGGUCCUCUGCGGACGGGGUCACGUGGCAGGCAGUGAGGGAGGACUCUGCGUCCUGCACCGGGAGCACAUGUGACCCGUCGUCGUCGUCCUACAUGUGGGCGCCGCGUCACUCGAUGGUGGCAGUUGACUUCCUAGGGAAGAUCUGGAUCAUAUCGGGAGUGAGAAGCGACUACGACCAGUACGCGGCAGCGAAUCAAGACUUCAUCCACGACAUAUGGUUCACUGAUAACGGGGUCAGGUGGACCCGGGCCGCGAACUCGACGCCAUGGCAGGACUGCCGGUCUGUGGUGGGGGCAGUCCACCGACUGCAGCUGUUCAUCAUGGCGGAGUCGCGAGAGCUGCGCUACUACUACACCACGUGGAUCUCGAGCGAUGGCGUCACGUUCAAGGAGGCCCGCCAGGCCUGUGCCGUCUCCGGGCAGCCCGUCGGAGGGCUGGUGUCGGCAGGAGGAAGCCUGAUGGUGUUCGCGGUCUCUGACCGGCUGCUGGGGGAUCAGGAGGUGCUGCUGUGGUACACGAACUCGACGACUGCAGAGGACGCGAUCUUCUAUGCGACCAACUCGUCGGUGGCCAACGGGCCGAGGCGAGGAGCAGGGUACACGACGUUUGCUGGGGAGGUCUGGCAGAUAGGAGGGAGCUGCUUGAACUGCGGGAUGUCGACAGUGAUGAACGUGAGGAGGAGGACGGCGGGGAGGAGAGAGAGAGGAGGGAUGAAUGAGAGGAGAGAGCCUCAGAGCUGGAUCUGA